UUUGCAGUGUCUCGUGCAGCUUACGAGAUCUUCCUAACAACGUAGAAUACUAAACGACAAAAGUUAUUGUUGGUGAAUCAAUUUUAAAGAUAGUAAACCAGUGAAACGCGUCUCAAUAAAAAUGUAGUAAAAAUAUUUCGAAAGAAUUAAAUAUUUAUUGAUCAGAUCAAAUCUGCGAGAAUGCAUUCUGAUAACACCUGUCAUUAAAAGUCAUUGCAUAAUCACGAAAGGUACAAAAAAUUGCCACGUGAAUCUUGUUAUACAUCACGGUGUCUUAUCGGCAAACUCGAGGUAAAAUUUUAAAACUCUGGAUAGAAUGGCCAAUAAAACAACGACCAACCUAAAAUCGCAGGAGCAAUCCGCAAGAACCGCGGUGCAGUCACAACUUGCCAGAAUUAAAAUACAGGAAGAAGAAGAAUUAUGGAUAUCAGGUGAGGAACUAUACACGGAGGGUAGCAGCGACGAAGAAGAUUACAAAACAAAGUCAAGAUCACGUCGCAAAAUAAAUAGUAAUCAAUCGUCGCGUGCCUCUUCUGCUAACCACAGCCUUGAGAGGAGACGAUCUCGUUCGCCCCUUUCCUCUGAAAGCAAAACAAGGUUGACCCAUUCCGCCGAUUCCUCUAUAAAUAGUAUUACGAAAAAACAAACAGUAUCCAAAACCACGUCAAAAUUCGAUAAACCCUCCGCGUCGUUCGAGCAAUUAGCGGGUCCAUCGUCAGCAGAAUCUCAAGAGGUGCAACGUUUUUCCAUACCGCAAUCAUCUGAUGUUUGUAUCGCGAAAGACGAUAAUUUUUCUGAUUUGUAUACCGAAGAUGAUGAGGUAGAGAACACGGAAAUAUCGUGGAAAGCGAAAAGAGGUAGUUUCGUAUUACACGAUAUAAGUAAUGCCGCUAAAGAAGAGUCAAACAAAUGCUGACACACGCUAAGAUAAUUUUGUCGGCGUUAUUGUAUUUUUAAGAAAGAGUAUUUUUAUUUAGAAGCGCCAGGGUUAUGUGUCUCUUGUAUUUAUGUAAAUCAUUAGUUUAGAGUAGUUAUUUAAAUGUCUUCUAAAUGAUCUCUCUUCCAAUGUAUAUCUCUGCAUUUCCGCAAAAUAUGAAAUGUAGUUCGCGUGUUCUUGUCUAUUUUUUUUUUUUUUUGUUAUAUGUACACGACGUUUCGUGCAAAAUGUUAUAAUCCUACUUUUUAUAGGACUAUGAUGAAAAGUAUUAUUGGCAGAAUUCUUUUUUUUAUCUUUUGUUGAAGUAUAAAGAAAAAAUGUAUCACUGCCUGUGAUAGUUCUUGAAAAUAUAGCUUGUAACAAUUUGUAUGAAACGUAUUGUAUAUUACGAUUAUAUAGGAUUAGAAUUAUAAAUAAUAUACGUAAAAGCAGAUAUCGACAAUACGAUAAACACUUUGGAGGAACUAAGAUCGUACGAUGAAACAUCCGAAUUGGGCACGCAAUCGUUAGAAGGUUUUAGUUUGCCGCAUAUCGGUGUGAAAUCGUUUGAAAAUUCCUCAUUUAUCUCGAAUAAAAUUGAUAUUUCGAGUAUAGAUAAAAAAGAGAAAUGGGUGAAAAAACAAAUUUUGAAGGUCAAAAAUCUCGAUGGUCUUAUACGCGAAGUGAGCGAUAAAGUAAAGGUAAAUAUUAUAUUCCUUGGGAAACAUUGUUGACUCUACAGUGAACGUAAAAACUUCGUAAUGUAGAAAGCAAAAGAAGAAACUUUGAUUUAUCAAUGUGAAAAUCGAAAAAGGCUUAAACAAAUCUUAUCGUCCAGUCCCCCUGAAGUUGGUAAACUAGCUGAAAAUACACGCAAAUUUUUCGAUUUAUGUCCAAGAUAUAUGAUGCUUACUACAAGUACGACAAUAAAAAUGAUGCACAAAGAAAGAUCGAUAAUAAUGUAUUUUUCGGGUAUUUAUGAAUCUGUGAAAACAUUAUUAUCGGGCAUUGUAGAUAGCAUAUAUUUUUAAUAUGUAUCUCUAAUAAUAUAUCUAUUUACGUAAUUAUAAAAUAUUUCAAAAAUUGGGAUUCGAAUAUGGAAAUAAUAGAACUUCAUAACAAUAACGAAUUAAACAUAUCAUUCGGGGAAAACGAUUCCAAGCAGCAAGCAUUAAGAAACGAAGAUAACACGAAUCUCAAUGCAGUAAAUCACAUUAAAAUAAUUGAUUUUGAUAGCAAUCCAUAUAUCAUAGACGAAGAAACCAAAAAAGUGCUGCUAGAAUUGGACGAAAAAGUUUCCGUGAGUAACGAAGUAGUUAUCCAAAAGUAUCUAAUGACAACACUUGAAAAAAUUAAAACAGGUUUGUCAUGAGGAUUCUUGCAAUGAUCGAGGGCAACUUAUAAAGGCACACGAUAGCAUAUCUACGAAUACUAUAAUGUCGACAGUAGAUAGCAUACCAACAAUAAACACUUUGCAAGAUAUCGAUAAAGAACUUCUAGAUGAAGUAAUAAAGGAAGCUCAGAUCGUUGACCCAUCGUCAAUUUUAAAAGUCGCCGAGGAUGACGAAACCAUAUGAAACAGAUCUCCUUUUCUAAAAUUGUAUGAUUCGUAUCUUACCUUUACAACUUUUUCGAAACAAUACCAUAUUUCUGCUAGUAUUGUCACGUAUUUAAUGAAGUGUUAAGGAAUAAAUGAGAUCUUCAGAAUAUAAAUAUCUUUAAUAUUAUUUACAAUGCAUACAAAAUAUUUUUCUAAUGAACGGCUUAAUAAAAUUGCUAUACAUUAUAUUAAGUGUAUAAAAUAUGCAGAGAUAUUCAGCUUCCAUUUGAAGUAGCUAUUCAGUAACUUUACUGAUUACAAAACGGAGAAAUUAUAACCUUCAAGUUACUACAAUUAAAUAUACAUUCGAAUUAACCUAGAACAUUUCAUACUGAACACAAUACAUAUUGUUGACUUCCUAUGCAAUUUCCAUUACAUUUUAUCUUUUUUCUUAUUUUUAUCGGAAACCGUGUAUUUAUCGUAACUUUUCGUUGGAUCGAAUGGUUCCCAUCUACUAGCAGGAAAUAUAUGUUUGUUUCUUUCAUACCAAGACCUAAAAUCGGAAAUAAUUACUCGUUGAAAACAAAAAUAUGUACAUAACAUCAUUCGCGUUAAGAGAAUUUAGUACCUAAGUAAUACUUUUCCAGCAUGAGAUUCUUCUGUUUCGACAGAAGCGUCAUGCAUCACGCGAAUAUCGUCGUGAACGUCGAAUGUAAAUAGAGGGCCACUCUUCCCUCUUGCCUGAAAUGAGUACCAAUAAAUGACUCUUAAUCUUAAUGAAA